CACAUGACCAGCUUGGUGGGGAAGAGACGGACACUGUAGAACCCAGAUCCCAAAGUGUUUUGCGCUGGGUGGCGAGUCUGCUUAACAAACUCCAAAAGUGAAGUCAAAACAUGUCGCAGCUCUCCACGAUCACCCUCUUCUUGUUACCAUGGAUUCCAGCCUUUCUCUGUAAGGUCACCACAGAGGAAGAGUUUGCCGUCCUGGAGGGGGGCUCACUCACCAUCCCCUGUCACUACGAGCCCCAGUACGCCAGCUAUGUGAAAUACUGGUGCCAGGGGAGGACCAGGGAGUUCUGCACGUCGCUGGCUCGAACCGACGACCACCACCUGGUCGACCCGGCCGAGAAGAAAGUGAGCAUUUUCGACGACCCGGUCCAGCUGGUGUUCACCGUGACCAUGAAGGACCUGAAGGAGGACGAGUCGGGGUGGUACAUAUGCGGCGUGGAGAUAGGUGGCGUGUGGAAAGCUGACGACACCACUUUUACAAAGGUUAAAGUUAUACAUGGCAUGUCAGCUGUGAACAGCAUGAUGAGUGGAGCAGAGGGAAGCGCCGUCACAAUCGAAUGCCUCUACAGUGAGAGAUACAGAGAAAGCGAGAAGAAAUGGUGUCGGAGUGGCGACUGGAGAUCCUGCCUGUCGACGGGUUCUGACGGGAGCUACGAAGACUCCUCCGUGGCCAUCAGAGAUGACAGAACUGGGGCUUUCACUGUAACCUUCAAGAAGCUGCAGAUGAAAGACACGGCGUGGUACUGGUGUUCUGCCGGGCAGCAGAAGACGGCUGUGCACGUGCUGGUCACACCCCAACCCACCACCGUUCCACCAGUGCCGAGCCAGUCCUUCCCAGACCUGCCUCCAGCCAAACCCAUCACUAAGGAGACCUGGAGCAGCCACAGUCCCAUGUUGGCAUCUGUGGUGGUCUGCUCAUCUGUCAUUUUCCUGGCUGUCGUGGCCAUAUUGGCUAUAAAGUUCUGGAGGCUGCACAAGAGCGACCGGGUUCCAAGAGACGUCGAGGAGAUGAGGGCGAAAUUCAGCGGCUGCUCGAGAGAAGCAGGUGACUUUCAAAACGCAGCAGUACUUUUCCUUAACAAGGAUUCCCAAGAUGUGCACAUGUACUGAUAUCUGAUAUUCUGCAACGUUUAUUGUUACUUUCACAAACUGAAUGUAAUUUUUUAUUAUUAUUUCCUUCCACUUGUCAGAGCAUGCACCCUCGAUGUAAUUGUUUUUCUUUUUGCAUUGUGCACCACAUUACACGUCCAUCAUGUGCUGCUUUUACAAAUUUGCACCGCUAUCAUACAUGUAUUCCAAAAAACACGGAUGAUGUUCACAUUUGGUUCAAAUCUGCCUCUUGUACGCAACAAAUUACUCAUCUAUGCAAUCAGUUCUCUCUGAAACUGAUUCAGAAAGUUCAGAGGGUAAUUAAUUUAAUAAUUUUAUUUUACCAUUUUUAGCUUAUUUAAAGGAAAUCUUGUGAUCAUAAUGGUCAACUUUAUAAUCAGUGGGGGAAAAAAACCUUUGUUGGCUUUACAGCAGCGAGCUUUUUUUUUUUAAGUGAUAAUAAGCAUAUUUUGCAUGGUAUUUGGAGUAUUAUAUUUUUGGUGUUGAUCCAUGUCAGGACUUUGGCUGGUCCACUCCAAAAUAUUCAAACUACUUUCAGUGAAAAGUAGCAUGUUGCUCAGCUCAGAAGAUUCAAAUUUCUCCCUCCCUGCAGUCAGUGACUCAUAACGUAUCUUCCUUGAAACAAUUAUCUUUCAUCCAAGGUAAAAAAGUUUGGACCAGAGGGUUGUUGAGCAGGAGAAUAAUCCCGAAGCAACGACAUAACUGCUUUUUAAAUGCGUCAAGAGGCUAAUUUUAAACUUUUAACAAUCACUUCGUCAAUACCUGAACCUCAACCCAACACCAAUGCGUAUAAAUAUUAAGUUGGAAGUUUGCCCAACAAAAUCGAGUUGCUUUUGAUUCAUUUUGCUCACAAAAUAUGGACCAUGGGAACCUCUGAAUGAGAAAGGGUCACGGCUGCCCAACCUAUGCAAAUGAAAUCAUAACAUUAUUUGUAACUCUGCAUUGAAUAUAGCUGGUUACAAAUUGAUCAGAGUCCCCCCCCCCCCACACACCUCAUACCGACUUCAUUAUCAAGCUAAAAGCAAAAACAAGGGGCGGACGGCGAGAGACGGGGUGGGGAGAGUUAGUCCAGUCCAUUACACAGAAUUUCUUUUGCAUCAUGCAGACGACCUGGAGUGUGUGAGAUUUUUAUUUAAUGAGGACGUGGCUGCAGGAUGCAUAAUGCUACCAGGUCAGCCCCCCCCACCCCCACAGCACAGCUCUGCAGUGUGAGCCUUUGGUUCCACCCGGGAUGAUCUCGUUUCAUAUUAUUACUUGGUUUGUUUAGCGUGCACGUAUAUGGACGCCUCAUCGAGCGAAUGGUUUGUUUUUUUUUUCUACCCAAUCCAACACUAUGGUUAUAUAAACUACAUCAUUUAUCAGCAGAGAGCUGGUCGGUGUUUCAGAGCUUUUUCUCUUCCCACUCAUAUAAAAUAUACAUUUUGCUAAAUAAAAAUGUGCAUAUUUGCCGUUAGAGUGUUUUUGUCAUUCAGCUCCACGUAUUGAACCCAGGACGGUGAUCAUAUUUCAACAGAAAGAGGCAAGCAUGAAAAUAAACUAAUAAACCAAUAAACA